GUUUGGUGAAGAUACUGUACGGAGGGUCGGACUGUGAAACGAAAUAGACCUUUAUUGAUCAUCUCUUCUGAUCUGGUAGUCGUUGCUCAGACAUGAAGAUCUAUGGAUGUGUCCGCAUGUGGCUCCUUUUGUGGGUUUGUUUAUGGGAAACAUCGCUCGGUCAGAUUGUGUAUUCCGUCUCGGAGGAGGUGGACAGAGGUACAGUGGUUGGAAACAUCGCCAGAGAUCUCAAGAUCGGCGUUCACGAGCUCGAGUCACGUACGUUUCAGAUCGUGUCCGGAUCUAACAAGAAGUAUUUCGAGGUAAAUAUGAAGACAGGGGCGCUGUUUGUGAACGAGAGGAUUGAUCGCGAGGAGUUUUGUGAGCACAGUCAGAGAUGCGUUGUGAACGUAGAGGCCCUCGCGCAGAACCCUCAUAACCUUUAUCGGGUUGAGAUAAACGUUCUGGACGUGAACGAUAACGCGCCACGCUUUCUGGACAGCGCAAUAAGUAUGAAUAUUACAGAGGAUGCAAGUCCAGGAGAGAGAUUUCAUCUUCCAGUGGCUGAGGACGCCGAUGUUGGCAGUAAUUCGCUGAAAGAUUACAGACUAAGUACCAAUGAAUACUUUUCCAUUGAUGUGCAGAGUGGAGAGCCCACUGUUUCUGUAGAGUUAGUUCUUCAGAAAGCUUUGGACAGAGAAAAACAGUCGGCUAUUAGUUUAGUAUUGACUGCUCUUGAUGGUGGAAAACCUCAGAAGACAGGGACAUUACAUAUUACUAUACAUGUAAUAGAUGUCAAUGACAAUAAGCCCGUUUUCAAUAAGCCUCUCUACAAAGUCAAAGUCAGAGAAAAUAUUGCAGUAGGUACUAAGAUUAUGUCUCUUACUGCCACUGAUUUAGAUGAAGGCACCAAUAGUGAACUUGUUUACUCCUUUUUUGGACGUGCAAAUGCCAAAACAGAUGGUUUAUUUACUGUCAUUCCUGAAACCGGAGACAUUGUGGUGAAGAACCAGAUUGACUAUGAAGAAACACCUGCCAUUGAGUUGAGAAUCCAAGCCAGAGAUAAAGGCAGCCCUCCUAGAAGUACUCAAUGCAAAGUUUUGGUAGAAGUUUUAGAUGAGAAUGACAACGCACCAGAGAUUAUAAUGACCCCACUGCUGGAUAGCGUGAAGGAGGACACCAAGCCUGGAACUGCUGUGGCUUUAGUUACAGUUUCUGACAGAGAUGGAGGCAAAAAUGGCCUCGUACACUGUUCUAUUAAAGGCUCCUUCCCUUUCAAACUGGACUCAUCAUAUAGCAACCAUUACUCCCUGGUAGUAGAUGGACCUCUGGACAGAGAAAGCAUUUCUGAUUAUAGCAUCACCAUUUCAGCUACAGAUGAAGGAGCUCCACCUCUAUCCAGCAGCAGUGUACUCACUGUUUACAUCUCUGACGUUAAUGAUAACGCACCACAGUUUUCAGCACCUGUUAUUGAUGCUUAUGUACGCGAGAAUGGCCAAGUUGGGGGUCAUGUGACAAAAGUAAUGGCAAAUGAUCCAGAUCUUGGAGUGAAUGCUGAACUUUCAUACAUACUGUUAGAGAACACCAACACUGAGGUUCCGAUAUCAACAAUGUUUCACAUUAAUCAUGUAAAUGGUGAAAUAGUUAGUAUGCAAUCAUUCAACUAUGAGACAACAAAAAGAUUUCAGUUCCAAGUUCAGGCCACUGACUCUGGUGUCCCUCCACUCAGCAGCAAUGUGACUGUGAACGUCUUCAUCCUGGAUGAGAAUGACAACAGUCCAGUUAUCUUACCUCCUUACUCUGAAGCUGGGUCAGUAAACACUGAGAACAUCCCCUACUCUGCUGAAGCGGGAUACUUUGUGGCUAAAGUCCGAGCUGUAGAUGCUGAUUCUGGUUAUAAUGCGCUGCUGUCUUAUCACAUCACUGAACCUAAGGGGACUAAUCUGUUCCGCAUUGGAAGCAGCACUGGAGAAAUCAGGACUAAGAGACGAAUGAGUGACCACGACCUGAAAACUCACCCACUUGUUGUGACAGUAUGUGACCAUGGAGAACCUUCACUGUCAGCUACAGUGACUGUUGAGGUUGUGGUGGUUGAAAGUCUGGACAGCGUGCAGCCUUCCCUAAGACAAGUGCCGAUGAAGGAGGAGGGCUUUUCUGAUCUGAAUCUGUAUCUGCUCAUCGCUAUUGUCUCAGUGUCGGUGAUCUUUCUGCUGAGCCUCAUCGGUUUAAUAGCAGCUAAAUGCUACGGGUCAGAGGGCGGUUUGAGCGGGUGCGGCGCUCCAGUGGUCACUACACACCCUGACGGGAGCUGGUCUUACUCUAAAGCCACUCAGCAGUACGACGUGUGCUUUAGCUCAGACACGCUGAAGAGUGACGUAGUGGUUUUCCCGUCGCCGUUUCCGCCUGCAGACGCAGAGCUGAUCAGCAUUAAUGGAGGGGACACUUUCACGCGGACACAGACUCUCCCCAGCGCUGGGAAGGUAAGGCUGAAAUUGGCUGUUAAGCUUUGCGUUACAUCACACUUUUGA